AUGAGGAGCCCAGGGGUUCGCAAACCCUGGGACAUCCAGACACGAGCUGGAUCUAGGGGACCUGGAAACAAGAGGGGCCCACAGGCUGAGGACAAGCUACGACAAAGUGUCCAGGAGGCUGUGGUGAGCUGCCUGAACAAACAGACCCGGGAGCUCGCUGAUGAGAACCUGUGUGUGACCAGCCGACGGCCCCCACAGCUCCUGAAAUCCUGUAACUUGGAUCCCUGCCCAGCAAGGUGGGAAGUUGGCAAGUGGAGUCCAUGUAGCCUCACCUGUGGGGUUGGCCUGCAGACCAGAGAUGUUAUCUGCUCCCACCUACUCUCCAGAGAGAUGAACGAGGUGGUUGUCCUGGCUGAUGAGCUGUGCCAUCACCCCAAACCCAGCACAGUACAAGCCUGCAACCGCUUCAAUUGCCCCCCAGCCUGGUACCCUGCACCAUGGCAGCUGUGUUCCAGAACCUGUGGAGGAGGGAUUCAGAAACGUGAUGUUCUUUGCAAGCAACGUAUGGCUGAUGGCAGCUUCCUGGAGCUCCCAGAGACCUUUUGUUCAGCCUCCAAACCAACCUCCCAGCAAGUGUGCAAGAAAGAUGACUGCCCCAGUGAGUGGCUUCUCUCAGACUGGUCAGAGUGCUCUGUGAGCUGUGGGGAGGGCACUCAGACUCGAAGUGCCAUUUGCCAGAGGAUGCUGAAAACUGGAGUCUCCACUGUUGUCAAUUCCACUCUAUGCCCUCCCCUGCCCUUCUCUUCCUCCAUCAGACCCUGUAUGCUGGCAACCUGUGCAAGGCCUGGAAGGCCUACCACCAAGCACGGCCCUCACAUAGCAGCUGCACGAAACAUAUACAUCCAGACCCGCAGGCAGAGGAAGCUGCAUUUCGUUGUGGGAGGAUUUGCUUACCUGCUUCCUAAGACUACAGUUGUGCUCCGGUGUCCCACACGCAGAUUCCGCAAGCCCCUCAUCACCUGGGAGAAGGACGGUCAGCACAGCAUAAGCUCCGCUCAUGUCACUGUCGCUCCUUUUGGCUACCUGAAGAUCCAUCGCCUCAAGCCCUCAGAUGCGGGCAUCUACACCUGUUCUGCAGGGCCCGCCCGGGAGCAAUUUGUGAUUAAGCUCAUUGGAGGCAACCGCAAGCUCGUGGCCAGACCCCUGAGCCUUUGGAGUGAGGAAGAGGAGGCCCUGCAGGUGAGGAAGCCCAAUCCAAAGGAGGCCUUGCAAACACACAAACACCAAAAUGGCAUCUUCUCCAAUGGCAGCAAAGCUGAGAAGCGUGGCCUCACCGCAGAUCCUGGGAACCGCUAUGAUGACAUUGUGUCGAGGCUGUUGGAGCAGGGUGGCUGGCCAGGAGAGCUCCUGGCCUCAUGGGAGAUACAGGACUCCGCAGAACGGAACGCAUCCUCGGAAGAGGAUCCCAAUGCUGAACAGGCCCUCCUGCAUCUCCCUUUCACCAUGGUGGCAGAGCAGAAGCGCCUGGAUGACAUCCUCAGGAACCUGUCUCAGCAGCCAGAGGAGCUACGGGACCUCUACAGCAAGCACCUGGUGGCGCAGCUGGCCCAGGACAUCUUCCGAAGCCAUCUGGAGAACCAGGAUAUGCUUCACAAGCCCUCUGAGCAGAGGUUUCCUCCCAUGGCCAUCCCACCUCACAAACAUGUUUCUAGUUUCAGCAGCUCCCUUCGGAGCUCAUCUGGAGAGGCUGGGGGUGGUUCCCGCAGGCCUCACCGCAAACCCACCAUCUUGCGGAAGAUCUCGGCAGCACAGCAACUCUCAGCCUCUGAGGUAGUCACCCACCUGGGGCAGACUGUGGCUCUAGCCAGCGGGACCCUGAGUGUGCUUCUGCAUUGUGAGGCGGCAGGCAACCCAAGGCCUGCCAUCCACUGGACCAGGAAUGGAGAAGCUGUUCAGUUCAGUGACAGGAUUCUUCUACAGCCAGAUGAUUCCUUACAGAUCUUGGCACCAGUGGAAGCUGAUGUGGGUUUCUAUACUUGCAAUGCCACAAAUGCCUUGGGAUAUGACUCUGUCUCCAUUGCUGUCACAUUAGCAGGAAAGCCACUAGUGAAAACAUCCCGAAUGACUGUGCUCAACACAGAGAAGCCUACGGUCACAGUGGACAUCGGUGGCACCGUCAGAACCAUCCGAAGAGUGAACGUGACAAUCAACUGCCAAGUGGCAGGUGUACCUGAAGCUGAAGUCACUUGGUUCAGAAAUAAAAGCAAAUUGGGUUCCUCCCACCAUCUGCACGAGGGCUCCUUGCUGCUCACAAAUGUGUCCUUCUCUGACCAAGGCCUCUAUUCCUGCAGGGCAGCCAAUCUACAUGGAGAACAGACAGAGAGCACACAGCUCCUGAUUCUAGAUCCCCCCCAAGUCCCCACACAGUUGGAAGACAUCAGGGCCUUGCUCUUAGCCACUGGACCGAACCUUCCUUCAGUGCUUAUGUCCCCUCUGGGAACACAGCUGGUCCUGGAUCCUGGGAAUUCCGCUCUCCUUGGCUGCCCCAUCAAAGGUCACCCUACCCCCAAUAUCACCUGGUUCCAAAAUGGCCAGCCAAUUGCCACUGCCCCAGAGUUGACCCACCACAUCUGGGGAGCUGGACAGAUCCUCCAUGUUGCAAAUCUCAGUGGAGGACCUCAAGGGGAGUUCAGCUGCCUGGCUCAGAAUGAAGCAGGGACACUCGUACAGAAAGCAUCUUUGGUGAUCCAAGAUUACUGGUGGUCAGUGGAUAGACUGGCGACCUGCUCAGCAUCUUGUGGUAACAGAGGUGUUCAUCAGCCACGCCUCAAGUGUUUGCUGAACAACACAGAGGUUGACCCUGAGCACUGUGCAGGGAAGCCUCGGCCUGCUGUGCAGCUUGUUGCCUGCAAUCGGAGGGACUGUCCUUCUCGAUGGAUGGUGACUUCCUGGUCUGCCUGUACUCGGAGCUGUGGUGGAGGCGUUCAGACCCGAAGGGUGACCUGUCAGAAGUUGAAGGCUUCUGGUAUUUCCACCCCGGUGUCCAAUGACAUGUGCACACAACUGUCCAAACGGCCUGUGGACACCCAAGCCUGUAACCAGCAGCUGUGUGUGGAAUGGGCUUUCUCCAGCUGGGGCCAGUGCAAUGGACCUUGCAUAGGCCCUCGUCUUGCUGUGCAGCACAGACAAGUCUUCUGCCAGACCCGGGAUGGCAUCACCUUACCAUCAGAGCAGUGCAGUGCCCUCCCCAGGCCUGUGAGUACCCAAAACUGCUGGUCAGAGGCCUGCAGUGUACACUGGAGGGUCAGCCUCUGGACCCUGUGCACAGCAACCUGUGGCAACUAUGGCUUCCAGUCCCGGCGGGUGGAGUGUGUUCACGUGCGCACCAACAAGGCUGUGCCUGAGCACCUGUGUUCCUGGGGGCCCCGACCCGCCAACUGGCAACGCUGCAACAUCACUCCAUGUGAAAACACUGAGUGCAGAGACACCACCAGGUACUGCGAGAAGGUGAGACAGUUGAAACUCUGCCAGCUCGGCCAGUUCCGAUCUCGCUGCUGUGGAACGUGUGGCAAAGCAUGAAGACAGGGUACAGGGAUGAACUCUACCCUGGCCACACAAAGGACUCAUACAACCACCUUGGACAUGACUUACGCUUUCUUCCUUUUAUUUAUUUAUUUGCCCCUCCCCACACUCCCAUGUCCACCUGCACCCAUGCUCCUGAGGACCUUGGCAUGUUUGCUUAUUGCGCUAGCUGGAGGCAAGUGUUGAGAACAGAAAAGGAGACUUCUAAAGGAGGUUGCAGAGCAGGAGCAGGCC